AUGGCGGCUCUUUUCACUGCGAGGAAAGUGUCGGUUGCUCUGUCCACUGUUCAGAUCCAGGAGUUGGGGGCGAUGGGGGUGAUGGCCAUAGAGGUGCCAGAGGAGCUGGGAGGAGCCGGGAUGGACUAUCUGGCGUACAGUCUGGCUAUGGAGGAAAUCAGCAGAGGCUGCGCCAGCACCGGGGUGGUGGUCUCUGUGAACAACUCUCUCUACAUCGGACCGAUAUUGAAGUUUGGUAGCGAAGAACAGAAACAGCAGUGGAUCACACCGUUCACCACCGGAGAGAAGGUGGGCUGCUUCGCCCUCAGCGAGCCAGGUAACGGCAGUGACGCGGGCGCGGCCUCCACAACAGCUCGUCAGGAGGGCGAUGAGUGGGUCCUGAACGGAACCAAAGCCUGGAUCACCAACAGCUGGGACGCCUCGGCCACCGUCGUGUUCGCCACCACGGACAAGAAACUCAAACACAAGGGAAUCAGUGCGUUCCUGAUCCCCAUGCCACACCCGGGGCUUUCUCUGGGCAAGAAGGAAGAUAAGUUGGGCAUCAGAGCCUCAUCCACCGCCAACAUCAUCCUGGAGGACUGCAGGGUGCCGCUGGGCAACAUGCUGGGCCCGCGGGGAGCCGGGUUCAAGAUCGCAAUGCAAACUCUGGACAGUGGACGGAUCGGCAUCGCUUCUCAGGCUCUCGGUAUCGCUCAGGCUUCUCUGGACUGCGCCGCCGACUACGCACACAAACGCACGGCGUUCGGAGCCCCCAUCGGCAAACUGCAGGCCAUCCAGUUCAAACUGGCGGACAUGGCUGUGGCGAUAGAGGGCGCUCGUCUGCUCACCUGGAAGGCGUCGCUCCUUCGAGAUGCAAAGAAACCCUUCACCAAGGAAGCCGCCAUGGCCAAACUAGCGGCGUCUGAAGCCGCCACGUUUUGCUCCCAUCAGGCCAUCCAGGUUCUGGGGGGGAUGGGUUACGUGUCGGACAUGCCCGCAGAGAGGCACUACCGCGACGCUCGCAUCACGGAGAUCUACGAGGGCACCAGCGAGAUCCAGAGGCUGGUCAUUGCCGGCCAGUUACUGAAGGAAUACCAGUCGUAGACGCGCUGCUGUCAGUGCCUUCGGUACAGUACGGACAUACAAUCACAGGUCUGGAAUCAGAUAACCCGGAGACAUCAGCUCAUAAAAGAGAAGAUCAACUUUAAUAUGAGCUGUGGAUUUUUAUAUCAGAGACAAUACAGAAGCUCAUUAGAAAUUCAGACGAUUGUACGUGUCCAUUAUACCUCCGUUAUCUGCUGUCUCAAGGGAAUUCAGGAUUUAAUUUAUUACACAGAAAGCGAAAUAACCUCAAACUCUUCUCCGCUGCCUUAAGAGGAUAUGAGUGCGUUGCCAGUUUAAAGGUUCAGUUCACCUAAAUAAAAAAUAAAAAAAGGCCAUAUUCUCUCCUGGUGGUGUCGAGCCACACCGAUAGUUCUGGUUUUAUGUGUCCUUCCCUGUCAAAGGAAUUUCUUUCUUGGUGCUCAAAGACCUUAAAAAGCCCAUUUAAAAAGUGUAGUUAACAGUGUAGUUAAUGUAGUCUGUCUUCUUUCUAACACAUUUGUUUUAGCUGGCUGACCCUCACCUUACCGUGACCACAGUUUAUCUACCUGAAUGAUCUUUGUCUCGGAUUAAUGAAGUUAUUUACAUUCAGUGAACAAACGUCCAGAAUUCAGCAUCGAAAUCAUAGAAAAAAAGAUCCUUCUUACAGCUGCAGAAUCAUCAUGUUUUUAACUUUUCUUCAGUAUCAAAGUGAUGCAGUGAGAGUUGUCAUCAGCGGCUGCACUGCAAACUGUGUGCUGAUGGAUCAUCCAGCACUCUUUAAUCAGUCCUGAAGGUUCAUCUGAUUUCACAGCAGAUUUUCAAACUAAGUUGCAAAUGAUAACAGAUGAUAAUAAAACACUUCAUAGAGUCAGAUCACCGUUUAAACCAAACUCUUUUCAUGUUGCGAUGCAGUUUGUUUUUCCAUUUCGGCUCCGAAAUUACAGGAAAGUGAAAAUUGUUCCACCACAACAAAACCAGUUUAUUCCACUUUUAUGGAGAACAUCGGGGAACUUUAGCAGUUAUUCUUCUUGGUAAAUAUUGCAUCUUCACAACUGAAACAAGGAGGUGAGUUUGGUGACGUAUGGCUCAACGUUUUACCAGAGGGACUGCUGUGAUUGGUGAAAUCUGUUCGCUGCUUCCUUUAGGGACUGUUUAUGGAACUAAUCUGCCAAAAUAUAAACAAAAA